GCAGCUCUCUGUAUCACCACCCACUUUUUUUCUCUUCUCUCACCUUUUGACCACAUACUAUGGACUCUAUAGAAAGAGAAGUUACGAAUCACAUGGUUUCCACAGGCGACUCCUCGGCCGAGGGUUCUCAAGCAGCUGGAAACAUUGUCCAAGCCGUCAACAGUGCUUCAGUCCAAGCGAAUUUGUUACAGCUGAUCCAGUCUAUGGAAGAGUAUUUGACGAGUGACGAUGACCAUAUCCGUGCAAAAGCCACGGGUCUUCUUUCGCAUACCUUACAUAAUUGCGACCAACAUAGUAUCAACGAAGCAGCAGUUUCCGUGUUGGUGGAUUUUUACUGCGAUAGAUUGACUGACCGAACGUGUGUUCCGAAUCUUUUGGAAGGUUUGGUUGCGUUGACUGAAGCCGAAAACUUUAGUGGCACAAAUGCGGUAACUAUUGCUACAAGAAUUUUCGAACGUGUCGAAAUUCAACGCUUCCCACAGGCCGCUCGCAGUACAGCAUUCCAUAUCUUGGAGAAUUUGAUGGAUAGACAUCUAUCAGCAUUGAAGGCAAUCAACAAUGAAUUUGUUUAUGGAUUUACGCAAGCCAUGGAUGGUGAAAAGGAUCCAAGAAAUUUGAUGAGUGCAUUCAAGCUUGUGCGAUCGAUUGUUCAACAUUUUGAUAUUGGUGCUCAUGUGGAGGAUAUUUUUGAGGUGACGUUCUGCUACUUUCCUAUUACAUUCAAGCCUCCUCCGGAUGACCCCUAUGGAAUCACGGCAGAUGAUUUGAAGCAGAGUCUUCGUCAAUGUAUUUCCUCAACUGGUCUCUUUGCAAAGCUCGCAAUUCCCUUAAUUCUUGAAAAAUUAUCAUCUACUUCUGGUAGUGCAAAGAAAGAUUCGAUGGAAACACUUGCUGCCUGUGCACCUGUUUAUGGAGCCAAUGUAUUACUUCCUGUCAUCAAUGAAAUUGUUGACUCUUUGAAAGUAGAGGUUUUCCACUCCACGGAUCAAGCACUUGAGGAUUCAGCUCUUGUAGCUAUCGAAAGCGUGGUUUCUACAUUGAGUGCAGGUUUUGCAAGUACUGCUGGUGAAACAAUAGAAAAAACGUUGAAGCCUUUGGUUGUUGAAUGUAUCGCAAACUUGAAGGAACCGGAGCUGAAAAACGCCAAGCCAGCCGGACGUAUUUUGCGAGCAGCUUCGUCAGCUUCUUAUGCUGCUUGCACUUCGAUCGUCAACGCCAUACUACCGUUAUUGCUACGUCAAUACCGUGAAACUGAAAUAACAACACGACGCAAGGCUAUAAUGGAUGUCAUUUUGGAAUUUUUGGAGGCUAGCAAGAGCCUCUAUGGUGCUGCUGAUGGCGAUGUUGAUAUGGAUCGAGCUGAAGUCUCGCCCUUGGUCACAUACAAAGAUCGCUUUUUCGGCAUCUUCGAAUCUGCCAUCACUGCAACCAACGAGUAUAACGGUCUUCGGCUUUCUGGUCUGAAAGGAUUGGAGUUGAUGGUUUUAUCCAGGAACUAUCUAUCACAAAAUGAACGAGGAAUAGCCAUUCAAUCGUUCAACAAGAUUCUGCUCGAGGAAACCGACGAUGAAUUAAGAGCAGCAGCCUUGGCUUCAUUAAAAGCUAUUUCUCAGUUUGACACAAAGUACAUCGUCGAAGAGACGGUACCGUCACUCAUGAAAUGCCUGCCUAAUUUAGCUGAGGAGAAGACACAGAUUGGAUACAAACAAAUCUUGGUCGCAUUGAAAGCCUUAUGCCCUGAACCAUCCCUAUUCAAAGCAGUCAUCCCACCACUGUUACAAAAGUUUGAUACUGUUUGCGCUACAGACAAAGAUUCCGCAUAUCCUUGUGCAAUUCUUCGAACUCUGUUGGCCAUUUUGGAGGUCAAAGCUGCUGAGAAGCACGACGACGUUGCACCGUGCGUUGAUUCAAUUGUUCUUCAUUUAACUGGAGCAGCAAUCAAUGCAUCUUUGGCCUCAUCAAAGGAAGAAAUGGUAUUGUCAAAAGAUGUACUUGAAAACGUCGCCUUGGUGAUCAUGGUUGUCGUUGAGAGCCUCAAAUCAAAUGCACAGAAAGCUUUUAUCGACCGCAUGUUCCAGCUUUAUCUUCAUGUCGAUCUUUCGCAAGUUAACAUUCAGGCAUCCGGUUUCGAACCAUUAAAGGAUGAAUCGUCGAGUGCCCAAAAAGCAACGACACAGCUCUUUGCUGCAGCAAUCGCUUCUUGCCGAAGAGAUGUGUCUUUCCCUGUUUCUAGCACAGAAGAUUUUAUAACACAAUUGGUCGAUAUCACCCUGAAAUCAACAGACCAAAUUCAGCAGAUUUCACUUGUGCGAAUUAUCGGCUCAUUGAUUAACAAAUGGCGUGAUGCUGCUGCUGCUGCUAAGUUUGUUGAAGCUCUGGCCGCCAGAUUGGAAGGAAUCAUUUCCCAGAAUGACGGUAGCUAUUCCAAUGCUUUGGACAUUUAUCUAUGGAUCGCCAAAGCGCUGGUAUUACGAUCUCAUGCCUUGGGCUACAAAAUGACUGACACUGUUAUUGGAUGGUGUGCCAAUGCAAAGUUGGGCAAACAAGCAUCACAAGGCUUUGAUAUCAUCAUCGGUGAUGAUGAGCUAGCCCUUAACAAGGCAGCAUUUGCAGUAAUGACGAUUCUAUAUAAGCAACGCUUCUUUACGGACUCUCUACCAAAACUUGUGGAUGGCUUCCGUAACUCUUCUAGUGAUAUUAAACACAACUACCUCAUUGCCCUUUCUUAUCUUCUCAAGAAUGUUCCAAAGCAAAUUCUCCUGAACGAAUUACCACCACUUGUUCCAUUGCUUAUCCAAUCACUCUCGCUACCUGACACGACACUCAAGGUCUCAACAUUGGAUACGUUCCGACUCGCAAUUGCUGAAGCCCCAGAUGCUAUCACACCUCAUGUACGAUCUAUUAUCCCCGCACUAUUAGAACUAUUAGACACCAGCAAUCGACAGAACCCAAUGGAAGUGCGGAUUGCUGUCCUCAAAUGUCUUGCACAAUUUCCUUCCAAUCUCACCAACGAUGUACUGCAACCACACGCACGUUUUGUUACCAAACAACUCGUCAAACCACUGGACGAUAAGAAACGACUUGUCCGGAAAGAAGCUGUCGAAUGUAGAGCUAGAUGGUAUACUGUUCUUUCAUAGAAAAAUAGUAGUAGCUAGGACUCUAGGACAUUACAAUUCCAUUGUGAAACGUUGCAUAUACUCUUCUCUUUUUAUUUGAUUGAACCUGUAUUUUUAUUGUAAGUUACUGGGCAAUGUUCCUAGAAAAGCAUGUGUGUUCAAUAUGAUAGCUCAUUUUCAUCAAUUCAAUUUUCUCAAAUCAAAGAAUCAAAAAUUACUAUCU